AUAAAUGGCAUCCAUGUUAGAGAUGAAGUAGAUUGCUUUCCAUCCCUGAGGAGACACAACUUCAGUUUCUCUCGCUGCACCGGGAAAUAAAGUAGGAACAAUCACAAUGAAGCUGCUGGUGUUCGUAAUGUGCCUGUUCACCACCACCUUGGCUGCUCCUGUUGCGGAGAGCGAAAGCUAUGAGGAAAAACAGGUUGCGGCACAUGCUAAUGAGGCCCUGAGGUGGAUGGAGAUGUACAGGCUUUACCAGCAGCAGGGAGCUCUUGGAAACCCCUUCCUGCCUGCUGCUGCUGCUCCUGCUGAUCCAGCUGCGGCAGAAGUGGUGAAUGCAGCACCAGCCGCGCCAGCCGAUGUUCCCCCUGCAGCUCCUGUGGCUGUUGGAGACGCAUCAGAGGAGGAGACGGAGGAUGGCGCCCCUGCCCCCAGAGCUGCAGCACCCGGUGCCCCUGCUGCCCCCUUAAACUCUGAUGAGGCAGAGGAGGCCGAGGAGGCGGAGGCAGCUGAGGCUGAACCAGCUGUGGUUGAAGAAGUACCAGCAGAUCCUGCAGCAGAGCCCGCGGCAGACCCCGCAGCAGACCCCGCAGCAGAUGUGGAACCAGCUGUGGUUGACGUGCCAGCAGACGCUGCACCAGGUGAUGCAGCUGUUGUGGAUGUGCCUCCUGUUGAUGUGGUUCCUGUUGACACUGCCCCUGCAGCCCCUGAGGUGGCGUUUGAUGUGGCUGCUGCUGAUGCUGCAGACGCCGGCGAUGCCCCGCAGGCAGCUGAGAUUGACACAACUGGAGUGGUAGCAGAUGCUGCCGCAGUGUAGUUAUCUUUCUCUUAUUACCAGUUUAGGUGCUCCUCUGUUACCAGUUACCGGGAUGGGUUUUGCUAAAGGAUGAAAAAGCUGUGGCAUAUUGAGUAGAGACUGAGGAAAACAAACGAGGUGUGUUUGUAGUCAGAAUUGGACAAUUAAAAGAUGUUGUUGUGUUCUUCUUUCCGUCUUUAAUUAAAAUACUUUUUACAGUUAUGUACUUCCAGUUAAGUUGGGAUUGAUUAGUCAUGGCCAUGCACACAGGCACCAUAACUUAUUGUGCACACACUAUAAAAAUAUAUCUCCUCCAAGACUUCAAAUCUCUGUGUGCCUUUUUCACAGCAGACAUUUGGACUCAAUCCUACCUAAGUGUUCCAGUAAGCUAUGGCAGUGCCAGCAUGGACAAAAUCAGGACCCUGUAACUGAAGAAGCUAAAUAAAAUUCAGUCACCAUGAUGUUUAUUAUUUACUUGUGUGCUUUUCCUACUGUGACAUGGCAAAAUGCCUUCUGUAAAAAAAACUAUAGUGUGAAAUAAAUGUAAGAACCUCCAGGCCACAGGAAAUCCUGGCCAACAUUCCUGCUUUAAGGCUGUAGCCGGCUGAGUUUUAAGCUAGAGUGAUGAUACUGGUAUCAUACGAAACAAGAAGACCCAACUGUGCCAGCUUGUCAGCAAGGGGCUAAAUAACACUUAAAAAUUAGGCUAAAUUUUGGCAGGGGAAAAACAGGCAUGGCCAUUUCCAAAGGGGUUCCUUGUACUCUCAGCCUAAGAUAUCUGAAUGAUACUGGGCUCUAUGUGUAUCCACGAGUCUCUCCUAUAUA